GUACCUACGUAAUGAAGUGGUGUGUUAACUUCACGUUACACACGUUCGAUGUAUCAAAAAAAAUGUUAUAAUUAUUAAAUAUUUUGAAUCGAUCAAUUUAAAAAAACGUGGUUAAAUGAGAUGAAAACUUGCGUUUAACCGUUUUCCCUCGAAAGGUGUGUCGGAGAAAUGGUUUCCGCUCAUAAAGAUCAUGUUCUAGUUGGAAUUCCCGUUUUAAAUGAAACCACCGAUUUGCGAAGAAACAAAAGCGUUUGGAGGACAUGGAAUCAACUUUCGAGGUUCCAACGCAGUCUAAUCUACAUGAUUUUCGCCGUCUUAUUCUUCAUGAUACUAUAUUUUAUACCAAACAACACCGAUUCUUUAAUAAUCAAUUAUGUGGAAACCACACAAAAGGGAGGAUUAAAAAAAAGUGGUAGUGAUGAAGUUCCCGGACAAGUUUUAGAGGAACCCAGCCUUAAAGGCGGUUUCGAUCCCGUUCAGGUUAACACAUCAAGACUAUUUUUCGGACCAACCACUCAACAACAAAAAGCCGUUGUUGAAGCAUUUAAACACGCCUGGCAAGGUUAUAAAGAAUUCGCAUGGGGCCAUGACAAUUUAAAACCAAUUUCUAAAAAUUAUUACGAUUGGUUUGGAUUAGGAUUAACUAUUAUUGAUAGUUUGGAUACGAUGUAUAUUAUGGGUUUACAACGAGAAUAUGAAGAAGCUCGUACUUGGGUUGAUAAACAUUUACAGUUCACUCACGAUCGUGAUGUGAAUUUAUUUGAGGUUACAAUUCGCGUUUUAGGGAGUUUAUUAAGUAUUUAUCACUUAACAGGUGAUCGGAUGUAUUUACAAAAAGCUACUAAUUUGGGUGAUAGGUUGUUACCAUGUUUUGAAACUCCAUCUGGAGUACCAUAUUCAGAUGUUAAUUUACACACAAUGCAAGCACAUCCUCCAAGAUGGUCUCCAGAUAGUAGCACAGCUGAAGUUAGUACCAUUCAAUUGGAGUUUAGGGAUUUAAGUAGAUGUACUGGUGAUCCAAAAUAUGAGGAUGCAGCUGCAAAAGUAUCUGUAAUAAUACAUGGUUUAAAAAAGACAGAUGGUUUAGUUCCUAUUUUUAUUAAUCCCCAAUCAGGUGAAUUCAGAUCAUAUUCAACAAUUACAUUAGGGGCAAGGGGUGAUAGUUAUUAUGAAUACCUUUUAAAGCAAUGGCUACAAACUGGAAAAACUAUCGAUUAUCUGCGCGAUGAUUAUGUAGCCGCAAUUAAAGGAAUUGAAAAGCAUUUAGCGAAAAAAACAGUUCCAAACGGCUUGGUUUUUCUUGGAGAGAUUUUGGCUGGAGGAAAAGACUUUAAACCAAAAAUGGACCAUUUAACCUGUUAUUUACCGGGAACUUUAGCAUUGGGCGUCCACGCUGGUCUUCCAAGUAAACACUUAAAAUUAGCAGACGAUUUGAUGAACACUUGCUAUCAAACGUACGCUCAACAACCGACAUUUCUAGCUCCAGAAAUAACCUAUUUUAAUAUGCAAGGUGAAAACUCUAACGAUCUCUACGUGAAAACGAACGACGCCCAUAAUUUAUUAAGACCGGAAUUCAUUGAGAGCUUAUGGUACAUGUACCAAUUAACGGGAAAUACUACGUAUCAAGAAUGGGGUUGGAAGAUUUUUGAGGCUUUUGAGACCUACACAAAAGUUAAAAAUGGAUAUACAUCGAUAGGUAAUGUAAAAUCUGUUACCAAUUUAAAGAGAAGGGAUAUGAUGGAAACUUUUUUCUUGGGGGAAACUUUAAAGUAUUUAUAUUUACUAUUUAGCGACGAUAGGAAAUUAAUUGAUUUGGAUAAGUUUGUAAUGAACAGCGAGGCUCAUCCUUUACCGAUUUAUUCCUCAUGAGGUUUAAUUAAAAAAAUAAUUUAAAUAAUUUCAAAGUUAGCUUAAUCCUUAGCGCACAAUUCUUUAUUGUUUAAAAGUCUCGAAUUUGUUAACUUCCAAAUUUAUCCAUUUUCGGUUAAUAGGCAGCCCAAAUGUCAUUUAUGUAAGAUGAGUUGCCUAUUUAGGUUUUGUGUUGGAGGGUUAAUUUAAAUACAAUCAUCCUUUACCGACUUAUU